AUGUAACGGAAUAAAAGUUUUCGUUUGACUGAAUUUAAAUGUACCUAUAACAUUAUAAAAAAAAAACAUGAUGCUUUAUGUGCGUCUUAAUUUGCCAAUGCAUAUUCGCACUACUGUGUCCUAUGUUCAAACUAUUCCAUCCAUUUUGCGCACGUGUUGCAACAAAGAGGAUUGUUGAUUUAAAUCCAGUGACCAAAAUCAAAUACCACAAGGUUAUUUGCGAGCUCACUUUCCCUGGAGGCCACUGAGUUCCCCCCCAAAAAAGAGAUCCCUAAACUAACACGAAGCGUCAUUGAAGCAGGGAGCUGAUGAGUUGAAGUCGGGAAUCUAUCCUUCUACAACAAGAAUCUCUCUCUCUACAACAGGAAUCUAUCCUUCUACUCCAGGAAUCUAUCCCUCUACUCCAGGAAUCUCUCUCUCUACAACAGAAAUCUAUCCUUCUACUCCAGGAAUCUAUCCCUCUACUCCAGGAAUCUCUCUCUCUACAACAGAAAUCUAUCCUUCUACUCCAGGAAUCUAUCCCUCUACUCCAGGAAUCUCUCUCUCUACAACAGGAAUCUAUCCUUCUACUCCAGGAAUCUCUUCCUCUACUCCAGGAAUCUAUCCUUCUACUCCAGGAAUCUAUCAUUCUACUCCAGGAAUCUCUUCCUCUGCUCCAGGAAUCUCUUCCUCUACUCCAGGAAUCUAUCCUUCUACUCCAGGAAUCUAUCCUUCUACUCCAGGAAUCUAUCCUUCUACUCCAGGAAUCUCUUCCUCUGCUCCAGGAAUCUCUUCCUCUACACCAGGAAUCCAUCCCUCUACUCCAGGAAUCCAUCCCUCUACUCCAGGAAUCUAUCCCUCUACUCCAGGAAUCUCUUCCUCUACACCAGGAAUCCAUCCCUCUACUCCAGGAAUCUAUCCCUCUACUCCAGGACACAUAGGAGAGGAGGAGAAGAAGGAUAGAUAUAAAAACAAACAGGGACUCCAUCGUUCAUCCUUCUUCCCCAAGGCUCCACAGUUGAAAAGGUCAUCAAUCUGUCCAUCCAUCCAUUAAUCCGUUCAUCCCUCCCUCCGCCGGUCAUGAUAUCCUGGGACUGGCUAAGGGGAGCGUCCGUGCUACUGGCGAUCCACGCCUCCGUCUCCAUGGUGACGAUCGGGAACGGUAACCACGGUAACGGUACGGGCCCCGGCUGGGAUGGUAUUCUGGAGAAGUACUUUGUUGAAGAGGGGGACCGGUGGCAGGCCAAGCAGAGAGGGAAGAGGGCCAUCACAGAUACAGACAUGACCGCCAUACUGGAUCUGCACAACAGGCUGAGAGGAAAGGUUCAUCCACCUGCUUCUAACAUGGAAUACAUGGUGUGGGAUACCGAGUUGGAGCGAACAGCGCAGGAGUGGGCUGAGACGUGUCUUUGGGAACAUGGUCCAGCUGGUCUGCUUCCUCAGAUAGGACAGAACCUGGGAACUCACUGGGGAUGGCCACGUCCCCCUACUUCCCAUGUGCAGACCUGGUAUGAUGAGGUGAAGGACUAUUCCUUCCCUUACCCCCAGGAAUGUGACCCCUAUUGCCCCUUCAGAUGUUCCGGCCCAGUCUGCACCCACUACACACAGUUGGUGUGGGCCACCAGCAGCAGGAUAGGCUGUGCCAUCAACAUUUGCUACAACAUGAACGUGUGGGGUCAGAACUUGGCUAAAGCUGUUUACCUGGUCUGCAACUACUCACCCAAGGGGAACUGGUGGGGUCAUGCCCCCUACAAACACGGCACCUCCUGCUCUGCCUGCCCCCCCAGCUACGGAGGACGAUGCAAGGACAACCUCUGCUACAAAGACGAAGUUACAGAGUCGCAGAGAUCUCAGGAGGAAAUCGAGGAAAACAAUUAUAUCGAACCAGAGGUCCCCCGGAGCCCCCAGAAGCCACACCCAAGGGCCCCCCAGCCAAAUCCCCCCCUUCUGGCCAAGACCCCCACCUCCACCCCCCCACCAGAGGAGCGGGAGAGGAAUGAGGUGGUCAAUACACAGCAGAUGUCUCAGCAUGUGACCUGUGACACUAAGCUACGAGAUCAGUGCAAAGGAACCACGUGCAACAGGUACGAGUGUCCUGCCGGCUGUUUAGAGUCCACAGGGAAGGUGGUUGGGACAGUACACUAUGAGAUGCAAUCUAGUAUCUGCCGUGCUGGCCUCCACUCCGGAGUGAUAGAUAAGGAUGGAGGAUGGCUGGAUGUCACCAGACAAGGCAGGAAGGACUUCUUCAUUAAGUCCAACAAGAAUGGAAUUCAGUCUCUAGGGAAGUAUCAGAGCGCCAAUGCUUUUAUCAUCUCCAAAGUAACAGUGAAAGCGAUCACCUGUGAGACCACGGUGGCUCAGAUGUGUUCAUAUCAAAAGCUUGUAAAGCACUGUCCAAGGUUAUAUUGCCCCAGGAACUGCAUGGACGAGAACCCUAACAUAUCACGGGUCAUCGGAACCAGAAUCUAUUCAGAUAAAUCCAGUAUAUGCCGGGUGGCGGUCCACGCAGGGGUGCUUCAGAACAAUGUGGGUGGCUACAUCGACGUGAUGCCGGUAGACAAGCGGAAACAGUACAUUGCCUCGUACCAAAACGGCAUUACUUCCGAGAGUCUUCAGAACCCACCAGGAGGAAAGGCAUUCCGGGUGUUUGCUGUGAUCUGAAUGUUUCGUGUUCCGACUGAGUGUUCCGUGUUCCGACUGAGUGUUCCAUGUUCUGACUGAGUGUUCCGUGUUCUGACUGAGUGUUCCGUGUUCUGACUGAGUGUUCCGUGUUCUGACUGAGUGUUCCGUGUUCUGACUGAGUGUUCCGUGUUCUGACUGAGUGUUCCGUGUUCUGACUGAGUGUUCCGUGUUCUGACUGAGUGUUCCGUGUUCUGACUGAGUCCGCCGUGUUCUGACUGAGUGUUCCGUGUUCUGACUGAGUGUUCCGUGUUCUGACUGAGUGUUCCGUGUUCUGACUGAGUGUUCCGUGCUCUGACUGAGUGUUCCGUGUUCUGACUGAGUGUUCCGUGUUCUGACUGAGUGUUCCGUGUUCUGACUGAGUGUUCCGUGUUCUGACUGAGUGUUCCGUGCUCUGACUGAGUGUUCCGUGUUCUGACUGAGUGUUCCGUGUUCUGACUGAGUGUUCCGAAGGUCAGGGGCUCCAUCUCUCCUCUCUCACCAAACACAGAAUCACUCAUCUCUGCUGUCUGUAGGCUGAAUGGGCUGUGAACACUCAUCUCUGCUGUCAAAACCUGAGAAUGACUGAAACGUUUUUCUGGCCUUUUCACUAGCCGUGAGGUCAGAGGACGUUUCCACGGAAACUAUAGACAUUUAACACAGGUACGGGCAGCGCUGAAUGAAGAGAGACGGGAGAGAGCAAGGCUGGUGCUCAGUGCAGUCGCAUUUCAAUGUUUUAAUGUUAUCUGGCUCAUUUUAUAAACUGUAUAUAUUUGACGUAAUUGCUAGAAUUACUUUAAACUGUAAAGUGCAGUACCAGUCAAAAGUCUGGACACACUUACUCAUUCCAGGGUAUUUCUUUAUUUUUACUGUUUUCUACAUUGUAGAAUAAUAGUGAAGACAUCAAAACUAUGAAAUAACACAUAUGGAAGCAUGUAAUAACCAGAAAAGUGUUAA